GCCAAACCCAAAUUAUCUUCGUUCCACAGAAGAAAAGCCACCCUUUCUUCCUUUCUUCCCCCGACCACCCUCUCCGGGUCAUGGCCGCUUCGCUUUCAUCCAUUCUUCCCCAAACCAGCCUCUUCUUGCCACCCCGCCUUCCUCACCGUCGCCCUGCCUUUCCCUUCCUCAUAUGCCCUUUCGACGCACUCACAAGCUUCUUUUGAACUACCUUUCCCCUGAUGUUGGACCCAGCCACACAAACCCUAAUUUCCCAGUUUUAGAUGCUCCACCACCUCCGCCUUGCACCAUUGGUAACCGUCGCAGCUUCGCCUCCGUUCUUAGCUCAUACGGAGAGAUGUGCUUCUGGCCAGGCAGAUGCAUUCGUUCGCAUCAGAGCCCCUCCUCUGGCCGCCUUGGCCUCUUCCAUUCUCGGCCCUUUCUUAUCAGUGGGCUCCCGAGAUUCAAUUUUUACUCCUCCUCUUUCAGAAGUUCUGGACGGUCUGGUCUCGAUUUCACUCACACAUUUGGGGUCGACAUUUCCGCUUUGGGUGAAAUGAGGGAGCAAGAAGCUUUGACAGAUCUCAUGAAGAAAGAAGUUUCUUGUCAGGAAGAAGAUUGAUUCAGUGAACAAGUAACUGAAGCCACUAGGGCAAUCAGUUCCGAAGAAAGUAUAGAUAUAAUAAUAAGGUUAUAUAAUAUUGAGUGAAGUUAUUUAGAGUUGUUAACUAUUUUCUUGCUCUUUUAGUGUGUUGGCAGGAGGAUGACGUGGUUUGAGUACAUGUUGAGUGAAGUUAUGAGCCCCAUAUGUUUUUUAUGAGAGAAGUUAUGAAGUGUAUACUAGUUCCUGCCUUGAGAACAAGGCAUUUGGGCUAGUCUUUAUAAGUCCUUUAAGCUUCUAGCCUCUUUGUUCAUGUUCUGUUGGAUUUGAGUUUAACUAACUUUUCAUUGAUGUCUGAAAUUUUAAUUAGCCUGAUUUCUUCUCUAGCGCAUCAAUAGUACAGUUGAUAAAAUUCCAUACCUGAU